AUGGUAAUGAAAUUUAUCACACACUUUCUUGCUCAAAUCGGACCGCAGUCUGAGUAUACUUGGACUCGUCUAAUUUACAGUGCACUUAAGGCUCCUACAUAUCAUUUGUAUUUUGAAUUGCUACUAAUUAUUGGUAUCAUAUGGUUGUUGUUUAAACGCAGUUAUCGUAUUAAUGAUGUAAUCAAUCUAAGUGUGGAGGAGAAAAAUCAACUGAUCAAUGAAUGGAAACCCGAUAGUUUGGUUCCGAAAGAUUGGGAACCAUCAAAAUAUCUAUUAAAACAAUUCCACAGAUGUGCGAAUGGUCCUCUUGGCAAAUAUGUCAAUUUCAAUUUAGAAGUGGAAGAGUUUGGAGCUACUGAAAACAAUGUUAGUAAGAAUCAUCUUAAUUUCGCAACAUUAAAUUUCUUAAACUUUGUUGGGGAUUCGGAUUUGUCUAAUGUCGCUACUGAGCAGCUGAAAAAAUAUGGUGUUGGAUCAUGUGGACCAAGAGGAUUCUAUGGUACUUUUGAUGUUCAUCUUGAAUUGGAAAAUAAGUUGGCUGAAUUCCUCGGUGUUGAAAAAGCAGUAAUUUAUUCUUAUGGAGCAGCUACAUUUUCUAGUGCUAUCCCAUCCUAUUCCAAACGAACUGAUGUAAUAUUUGCGGAUGAAGGUAUCAACCAUGCUACGUAUCUAGGCUUAGUGGCAUCUAGAAGUCAUGUUCGAUUUUUCCGUCAUAAUGAUAUGGAACAUUUGGAACAAUUACUGAUAGCACAGGCAAAAAGAGAUAAAGAAGAUCCUAAGCGUGCAUUACUAACUCGCCGAUUUUUUGUUGUUGAAGGUAUUUAUUUCAAUUCUGGAGAAAUUUGUCCCUUAUCUGAGCUUAUUGCUCUAAAAUAUAAAUACAAAGUUCGCAUUUUGUUAGAUGAGACCAUUUCUUUUGGAGUAUUAGGUAAGACUGGUAGGGGUGUAACGGAAUAUUUUGGUGUUAAUAUAGAAGACAUUGACUUAAUCUCAGGUUCGUUGGAAACUGCUUUAGGGGUAUGUGGAGGAUUUUGUGCUGGAUCGCAGUAUGUUGUUGGUCAUCAAGAACUCUCUGGACAAGCAUAUUGUUUUUCAGCUUCUCUACCACCAAUGUUAGCUAAAGCUGCAUGUACAGCAAUUUCUAAACUGCAAUCGCCUAAGGAAAAUGGUAAACGUAAUCAACGGUUAUUGGAAUUAUCCAGAUUAACUGACAAUUUGUUUCAUUCGAACAGCAAGUUAACCAGUAUUUGGAAACUAUAUGGUCAUCCGGAUAGUCCGUUAAAACACUUAAGAUUCAGAGAAAAUAAUACUUUAGGUAAACUUGAGGCUGUUGUCCAAACUGCUUUUGAUUGGACUGAUGAGCGAAAUUUGAAAGCACCUCCUUUAUUGUUGACAGUAUCAAGAUAUACGUAUAGUAUAAAUUUCCCUGCUCCACCUCCAAGUAUUCGUAUUGCAUUGAAUUGUGAUUUAACUAAUGAAGAAUUGCGUCAUCUAUUCUAUGUUCUUUCUUCAAUAGUUCCUGCAUGA